AGAAGAAGCUACGAAUCAGGGAGCAAACAGUCUCGAAAGUAGUCCUCUGGUGUUUGGGCGAAAACAGAGCUUGUUAUCUAAUCAAAAUUUAAGAUAAAAAUACAGAAAGUCAGUCUCGUGUGGAACGUCAAAACGAAAAGCGAUACUGCGCUGGUCUUCUUUUGCGCGAGAUUGCAGCUUUGAUUUCGUGAGCCGGAUUGGUACCGAUUUGUAGUGCAAAUCCGAGGAUCCCUUCGUUGCAGUCUACCGGAAGUGGAACGAACGAGACUCAAACCACCAUGGCCAAGUAUUACGAGAACAUGACCACCUUCAACUAUUCCUGGGAGCAGGUGACCCAAUGUUUCUGGAACCGGUACCCGAACCCGUUCAGCACCCACGUCCUUUCGGAGGACACCGUAUGCCGAGAGAUCCGCAACGGCAAGCUGCACAGCAAACGGCUGCUGACCAAAACCAACCGGGUACCGAAGUGGGGCGAGCGCUUCUUCAAGGCCAAAUCCGUCAACAUACUGGAGGAAUCGGUACUGGACCCGCAGGAACGGGUCCUGGUCACCUACACCCGCAACAUCGGCUUCAACAAGAUUAUGAACGUUGUUGAAAAGGUAACCUACAGAGCAUCUCCAGACCAUCCGGGUAAAACCGUUGCUGUCCGAUCGGCCUGGGUUGACUCGUCCGUGUUCGGAUUUGCGACGGCUAUCCGUGCCUUCGGUCUGGAUCGGUUCAAGAAGAACUGCGCCAAAACGGUCGAUGGAUUCAACUUCGUGCUGCAUCACAUGUUCCCCAAUCAUCCGGCCUCGUUGCUCGCGGUGGCCCAGCAGCACCACACCAAGAGCCACAAGAUCAAGGAGGCCGCCAAGAACGCGUCGGAGCACGUGAAAGCCCAGGCCGAACAGUUUGUGCAGAACAUAGCGGUGAAGGGUUGAACCAAGCCCCCUCCACCCUAGUGUGGCGUCUUCUUCGUCGUCGCCGUUCACACUUCUGCGGGUUUGUUUUACCACACUAUUUGUACAGGUGUAAGAUUUUACCGACACAAAUUCCCUAGUUGUAGCGUAUUCAAAUUAUACAGUUUUGCAAAUCGUAGCGAAAGUUGAUGGCCGGUGCCGGGAAUAUCCUACCGGUAUUCAAUCUAGUAUUUCUUCACUGACAUAGAGAGAGAAACAAAAAGACAAGCAGGCACGAUUUGCAGAAGCAGCUCGAAACUUCUUGAGAAAUUAUUUUAGACCUGUGUAUGUGGAGGAGGAUUUUAGAAGCUAAACCAGUUUAUCUCACGUGUAAUGAGGGCGAGUUGUUCAAGCUUUUUCUUCAAUAAACCUUCUAAUAUAUUUAGAAUGCUAGAUAAGUCAUUCGAAGCAGAUGAAAUGUGUGUGACGACCUAUUAGUUUGAUUUGACAAAACAUUUCGAUACAAUUUUUGUAAUGUGUGAUACGUACUAUUCAUUCAUAUUUCAACUUUUUAAAUUUUUGCAACUUUGCUAUGCCUUCGAUUAAACUUUCUACAAAAGAGUCUAGCUUUAAAAACUCCACUCGCUUCCAGGCUUUCCAGUUUUCUUUUGAAACACUGGAAUUUCACCUAAAAUAAUAUUGCACGUUCCGAUUAUAAACCCUUUAUCUGGUGUUCUACGAUUCACAUGACACUAAGCACCGCAUCUCGGUUAACCUAUGCACUUCUCGACUCUAUGCAUGAAAUUGUUCAAUCAUAUACCAUUAACGCAGGGAUGCCCGGGAAACCUACAAUAGAUGAAGAAGGCCUACAGAUGUAGCACCUUAAGAAAAUCACCAUUCAAAACACUUUUAUGCUAUAUACGUAUGUAGCUCUAGUAUGCAUCAUUCCAUGCCGAUAAUCAAUUACUGUUCAAAUCAACUAGCGUUGAAUAGAAGAGAAAAAAAAACCAGGAACUUCACAAUCCACUAAACGUUCUGUCUAUGUGUUACUAAAAAUUUUAUAGGUACUGUAAAGUGUACAAGUUCAACUCCGAGUUAGUCAUGAUUUUAUCCUUCAAACUAAUAAUUCGAAAUCUGGUAGUCAGAAGAUGACGUUGAAAAUUGAGAAGCAAUGAAAAACAAUACCUUAGAAAAAUACAUUAAAUGGUAACUAAACAGAAGAACAUUAAACCAGCUGCUAGUAUCUCGAGAAACGCCGAUAGUAUAUCCAGUAUAUUGUUAGCUCCCGCGCUGUUACGCUAAACAAAAAUUUGUAAAUUCUAGUGGACGAUCAAUCGUCACGCAUGAGGUCUUGGUGGAGGUUAGGGUGUCAGGACUCUGAGAAAACCUUUGUUACGAUUGAUCGUGGAAGACAUAAUAUUAUUUUAAUAUACAUUUUAUAAUUUCGUUAUAGAAGCUC